ACCACUACUGUCGCCGACAUGUCACUGUCGUCACUCUCCUAUCAGAGUGAGCUUGACCUUGUCGAUCGCAGUCGGAAAUUUGGCUAUGCCAUUUGUUCGAACACUUGUCUGCGUGAUGUCCGCCAUGGACGGCAAUGUGCAGGGGCGAAGGGUGAAGGGAGGCAUAGGCAAGCCGGCUUGGCGAUGGGGUGGAGCGGCGGAGUAGGUGGUGCAACGGCAACGUUGGUAUCUGACUACGUGGACAUAAAAGUAAGGCCAAAUGAACGGAGUGACAAAUGCAAGGCUCUCGACAGGGUUUUCGACUUUGGUACGGGCAACAAGACGCCUGUGUGCCGGAGGUCCGAAUGGAGUGCACACAAACCUCCAUUCAUGCCCGUCUUAUGGGAGUUUGGACGUGCGGACCGGUCCAUCGACGUUUGAUGCGCGUCGUUUGACCGGUCCAUGUGGCCCGGACGUUUAGCUGCGUUUUGAUGCAGGCAUUGGGCGUUGAGAAUGUUUGCAAAUUUUUUGUUUGAGGUUGUAAUUUUUUUGUUGUUGUUGGUUAAGUUUGCUUUGGAACGAAAUUAAGCACAGUUUUGACCAAGUACGACACUCUUCCAAGUAAUACUAUCUUCGGUGUUUUGACUUCCUUCGAGCAGUUGGAAAGACGACGCCCUCGACGAGUGGACUCGCCAGAUUUCUGAGCUCACCCGCAACGUAUACGAGGACGCCGGCCGCAACCGUAUGCCCCAGGCGAGCAAUCACACGAGCCACUCCAAUCAGCGCGCGCACGCACCCAUAUGGAGCGAACGCGCGCGCGAUCCCUUCCAGGCUAAGGUUUCCCGUCCCGUCUCCCUCCCUCCCUCUCUCUCUCCCGGCGCAUAAAACCACGACCAUCCACACCACCUCACUCACUCCCGGCCAAGCCACAAAGCACCCAAACCCCAAAAGCAACCCACAAAAUUCUCUCUAAACAAACCCGGGAAAUGCCCGCCCCGGCCGCAAAAGCAGCUCCCCCCUGCCGCCCCGCCCCCGCCGCCGCCGCUAAAUAGUGCCGCCGCGCCGCCCGUUUCAUGGGUGCCGCGCGUCCGCGGCGCUGGAGGUUCCCCUUCCAACGCAGCGCGCCCUCCUCCCCCUCCUCCAAGUCCCUGCCGCCGGCCCCUUACUCGCCCGCGCGCUCCGCGGCCGCCGCCUACCCGGAGCCGGACCGGAAGUGGGAGGAGGAGGCCGCGCCGCCGGAGUUCGUGUGCCCGCUCUCCGGCGCGCUCAUGGCCGACCCGGUCAUCCUGCCCUCCGGCCAGACGUACGAGCGCGCCUGCCUCCAGGCCUGCGCCGAACUCUCCUUCUUGCCCCCCGGCGCGGGCUCGGGCUCUGAUGCGAUGAUUCCAAACUCGGCCCUCAAGGCCGCCAUCGGCUCCUGGUGCGCACGCUCCGGCCGCGCGGCGCCAAGGCCGCCGUCCAAAGAAGCUGCCCGGGACGCCGUGCUCCGCGCGAUGCCUCCGGCCGCGGCAGCCGCGGCCGAGGCCAAGUCUGUUAGGACUAGAAGGGCGGCGAUGGCGAGCUCGUCCAAUUCCUCCUACUCCUCCCCGGCGUCCGCCGCGUCGACGUCGACGUCCACGUCGUCCUCGGAGAUCACACCCGCGGAGGAGGAUGCGGCCGUGAAGCCAGUCAAGGAGGUGGAGUUGCCGGUUGACCCGUUGGAGGAUGAGGUGGUGGCGACGGUAAUGGACGCGGACGAAGAUGUAGAAGUGGCGGCCGCUUGUGCCCUCCUCCGGGACGCCACCCGGGGGAGCGCGGAGCGUCGGCUCGCGCUCUGCACGCCGCGGCUGCUCGCGGCGCUCCGGCGUGUGCUGCUAAUCCCGCGGCACGCCUCCGCGCGGGUCGACGCGACGGCGGCGCUGGUCAACCUCUCCCUUGAGCCGGCGAACAAGGUACGCAUCGUGCGCGCGGGCGCCGUGCCGGCGCUCGUCGAGGUGCUCCGCUCGAGCGGCUCGGCGCCGGAGGCGCGCGAGCACGCGGCCGGCGCGCUCUUCGGCCUGGCGCUCAACGAGGAGAACCGCGCCGCCAUCGGCGUGCUGGGCGCGGUGCCUCCCCUGCUGGACCUCCUCACCUCGCCCGCCCACCACCCGCGCGCGCGCCGCGACGCCGGGAUGGCGAUCUACCACCUCUCGCUCGCCGCCGUCAACCAGUCCAAGGUGGCCCGCUUCCCGGGGGCAUCCAAGGCCCUCCUCACCGUGGCGUCCAGCGCCGUCGAGCCGACGCCCAUCCGCAGGCUGGCUCUCAUGGUGAUCUGCAACGUGGGCGCCUGCUCGGAGGGCCGCGCCUCGCUGAUGGACGCGGGCGCCGUGGCGGCCGUGUCCGGCAUCCUCCUCUCCGCCCACGACGACGCCACCCGCGCCGCGCUCGCGGAGCUGGAGGAGUGCUGCGUGGCGGCGAUCUACGCGCUGAGCCGCGGCAGCCUCCGGUUCCGCGGCCUGGCGCGCGCGGCCGGCGCGGACAGGGCGCUCCGCCGCGUGGCCGAGGAGGGGACCCCGGGGGGCGUCCGGCGCGAGAUGGCGAGGAAGACGCUGCGCGCCAUGCGGGGCGACCUGGACGAGGAGGCGGACCUGACCGGCAGCAGCCUGGAGUGCGGCGACGGGGACGACUGCGGCGGCAGCAUCGUGUCCGACGGGCUCAUGUCGUUCCGGCGGCGGCAGCGCGAGGUCGGGGCCUCGUCGUGCGGCAACACCGCCGAGUUCUGAGCCAAUCCUUCCAUCGCCGCCACCAUUUGUAUGUAAAAAAACACGCUUGCUCAAUUAGCGUUAGACAUUGGUGCCACUGCCACUGCCACGAGAGGAUGAAUCCCCUCCUUCGUUUUGGAACUGUGAUUGUCGAUGAAAGUGCAAUGAGCUUGUUCAAAUGUCGUCGUCCUCGAGUGCAUGCUCCGAGCUCGUGCCAUGGAGUUUGCGGGCUCGCUCGUCGGCUCGUGUGCUGCCGGACAAACGAGGAGCUGGUUGGUUGGUCGGACGUUGCUUGCAAGCCAGAGCAAUCCUUUGUUCUCUCCGUACUUGCAGUCGCGGACAUGAGUGACAGGUACUAUAUUAUUGUUUUAGGCAGGACCGGCCUCAUGUCCUCAUGCGUGUUGUUUCCACCUGUAAAUAAAACCAUCUUUCUGCUCUC